AUGCACCUACAAACCGAACCAAGAACACCCUCAAAUCCAACCCCCACCAGCGCAAGCACAAGCACCCAGACAGCAACCACCACCUCAAACCAACCCCCAAAACAAAAACACCUCUACUUCGCCUACGGCUCAAAUCUCUCCCCAACCCAAAUGUCCACCCGCUGCCGAAAAAACCCAACCUCCUCAACACCCCUCGCAAUAGCCUUCCUCCCGCACUGGCGCUGGCUAAUCUGUCAAGCGGGCUACGCGAAUGUCCUCCCACCACCCGACCUACGCACGGGUAAACAGAACAGUCAAGCCGCGGACAAGGUUCCGAUUUCGUCGCCUGGUUUAAAUGGGGUGGAUGGCGUUUAUGGAAUUCUUUAUGAAUUGGAUCCUGCUGAUGAGAGGGUUUUGGAUAGAUUUGAGGGUGUUGAUUAUGAUGCGCCGAGGGGGUGGAAGGGAGGAAGGGGGGAGGAGGUGGUUGAUAUCUCGCCGAGGAUUCGGCCAAGGGAACAAGGUCUUGGUUCUUAUAAUAAGUGGUUUUUGGGUGCGAGGGUUGUGAAGUGGUUGUCUGGGAGUGAGAGUGAGGGGGAUGUACUUCGUGUCCAGCACCAAGUUCGAGAUGAUACUGAUGUUGAUGCUGGUGAUAAUACGGAGGAGGAGGUAGAUAUUCUGGUUUAUGUUGAUGAGAAUAGGAUUGUGGUUGGGCCGCCGAAGCUGGAGUAUAUUGGGCGGAUGAAUCGGGCUAUUAAGGAGUGUGCGGAGCUGGGUGUUGAUGAGGGGUGGAUUGGGGGGGGUUAUGAGGAGGUUUAUUCCUAA